UGUGUGGGAUACAGACAAGGCAACUAUGACCGUCUCCUACACCUUGAAAGUGGCCAAUGCUCGCUUUGGGGGCUUCUCCAAGUUGCUUUUCCGUUGGAAAGGGAGCAUCUACAAGCUGCUCUACAAGGAGUUAUUUGUCUUCAUUUUGCUAUAUGCAACCCUGAGUGUUGUCUACCGGUACCUUCUGAAUGCAGGACAGAAACGCCUCUUUGCAAAGGUGGCUCAGUACUGCAACCGCUCCACUGACCUCAUCCCCCUGUCUUUUGUUCUAGGUUUCUAUGUCACACUGAUUGUGAACCGCUGGUGGGCCCAGUACACCAGCAUUCCACUGCCAGACCAGCUGAUGUGUGUCAUUUCCAGCAAUGUCCACGGAAGGGAUGACAAAGGCCGCAUUUUGAGGCGCACUCUCAUCCGCUAUGCCAACCUGUCAUCUGUGCUCAUCCUGCGCUCAGUCAGCACCAGGGUGCUGAAGAGAUUCCCCACGAUGGACCAUUUAGUGGAAGCUGGUUUCAUGACGCAAGAUGAGCGUAAGAAGUAUGAGAGUCUCCAUUCGGACUUCAACAAGUACUGGAUCCCCUGUGUGUGGUUCACCAAUCUAGCCGCCCAGGCUCGGCGGGAUGGGAGGAUCCGGGAUGACGUGGCACUCCGAUUGCUCAUGGACGAGCUGAAUCUCUACCGCUCCAAAUGCAGCAUGCUUUUUCACUAUGACUGGAUCAGCAUCCCCCUGGUAUACACACAGGUGGUGACCAUUGCUGUGUAUUCCUUCUUUGCCUUCUGUGUGGUUGGACGUCAGUUUCUACAACCCCCGGAAUUAUCUCAGGAUGGAGACCUAGAUAUGUAUGUCCCCCUGCCCACCCUCCUGCAGUUCUUCUUUUACGCUGGCUGGCUGAAGGUGGCAGAACAGAUAAUUAAUCCAUUUGGCGAAGACGAUGACGACUUUGAAACUAACAAACUGAUAGACAGGAAUCUCCAGGUGUCUCUGCUUUCUGUGGACGACAUGUACCAGAACUUACCUCCAACUGGAAAGGACAAAUAUUGGAACGAAUCCACAGCUCAGCCCCCAUACACAAUGGCUACACUGGCAGAGACCUUGAAACCUUCCUUCAUGGGAUCUACCUUUGACAUGCGGAUGAGUGAUGAUCCUGAGCAGAGUCAACAGGUGGAAGCAUCACCUAGUAUGUCCCGGAUUCAGACACCCCUGCUCAACCGCUUCCUCACUGCAGCUGCCUCCCCUGCAGUCAGCCUCAAGAAUUUUGGAAAGGGCACCCGGAUUCACCAUCCUCAGCUACUACGCUUGAGGAAUGAGGGCACCUUCCCCUCCUCUAGCCCCAGCUUCUUCCACAGGGAAGACCCAGAAGCAGUUGGUCGUAUUGAUGAGGAAGAGAGAGAAGAUGAGGAAACACAGCUUAGUGAAACUCCCACCUCCGACUCCUACCUCAGGCCCCCCAAGACUGAAAAUUCAGAUAUACAGAGAAAGGAACUACCUCGAAUUACAGUGAUGCAUGCCUCAGAUGACAGCACCAGCAUCACUGACCAGCCCCCUAGCUAAACCCAGGAAGAGCAAGGCCUUCUGGAUAGCUAAUACCACCCCCAAGCCAAGCUGUGGGGAAAGGGUUUAUAUCUUGGUUCAGAGCAGACGCUGAGAGACAUUAAAUAAGUUGCACUCUUUAUUUACUUUUUGUGAGUAAAUUAGGGUCACUUUCACAAAUACUGGAUUAAACUGUUCACAAUGAAAUUUGCAGAGGCUGCAUGCUUAGUUCCACACAUGAAGGGAGCUGUGAUGGAUGUGGCUCACCAGUACAUGGGACAUGCACAUAAUGUAACCACUUAAGCCCCAAGAGACUUCAGACAGGAUUUCCUACCUCUUUCAGAAAGGAAGAUCAAGCCAGUAAUGUGUAUUACUUGACUUGCUUUCCACUUGACAGUUGAAUAGGGCCAGCAGGCAAGUUCUUAGGACCCAACACGUGGUUAACAAAAAGCAACAGUCCAGAUUCUAGUGACCACUGAACUACGU